AUGAACAACAUGCAAUACCUCGAUAACGAUACCGUUCAUCAAUUAUUGAUAAACCUCACCAAGGACGAGGCUAUCAGUUUCCGAAAUACUAUCGAGCAAACGUUAGCGGAAUUCUCUACCGGUGGCGAGCGUCAGUACCAGCCCAAUCCCAGUGCCGUAACCCGCCCCAAUGGCUCACGGGCUCUCUUUCGGCCUUUUACUUCGAACCAAUGUUUCGGCGCCAAGCUCGUGGUCACUCCUCCUCCUCGCCCCGAUGGGAAGAAAGAUUCUCUGCAUGGUAUCCUGAUCCUGACGGAUGGUCUGGGAAAUCCUACUGGUGUGAUAGGUGCAGAGGAAGUGACGGGCUACCGAACCUCCAUGAACGCCAUGGUGCCAUUCUCUUGGAGGAAGAAUGUCGACAAUAUUGUCAUUUUCGGUGGUGGUAUGCAGGCCUUGUGGCACACUCGUCUCAUCCUCACUCUGAGAGGUUCUGAGGUCAAGAGCAUUACCUUUGUGAAUCCCUCCAAGGAUCGGGUAGACGCACUCAUUGCAACCGUGUCUAAGGAGAAUGAGGCUCGCUGGAAGUCAAACUGCUCUUUCCAUUUUAUUCAUACCUCUGCCCCGGAUUUUCAUCAACAAGUCGAAACUCGUCUAAGCGACAUUGACUGCGUUUUCUGCACUACCCCAUCUAAAAUCCCACUUUUCCCUGCUAGUUAUCUGACCAAGCGGGAGAGUAGCAGUCGUCAACCUUUCAUUUCGGCCGUCGGAUCCUGGCAAUCCGACAUGAUUGAGCUGGAUCCUGCAUUGCUGCAUCAUGCUAUCGCCGUAGAUGGGGGGUAUAAUCCUGUCACUGGCGAGGCCCAGGGAGUGGUGCUAGUCGAUGACCGGGAUUACGCUCUUCUCGAUUCCGGUGAGGUGGUUCAAAGCAAGUGCACAGCCGAGCAGAUGGUCGAACUUGGACAGAUUAUUGCUCUGAGGAGCGCGAAGCUUCAAAGUGUCCACCCCAAACAAGUUGAGCAGACGAAUCGGUUUAUCUCGGAAGGGUUUGUUGUCUACAAAAGCGUCGGCGUCAGCCUUACAGAUUUGACGGCGGCAAAUGCCAUAUUGGCCCUGAGGGAGAAGAAGAAUGAUCACCAUUUGUGA